AUGGCUUCUUCGUCGAUCUACGAGAAGGGCAAGGAGGCCAUGGCGAUGGCCACAUCCGUGGCGGCGUCCGUGAUGCUGGUGCGCAGCCUCGCCAACGAGCUGCUCCCCAACGAGGCUCGCGACAUGCUCUCCUACGGCCUCGCCAACUUGCGCGCCCGCAUGAAGUGGCGCCACAGCUUCAGCAUCGAGCAGACCGACGGCCCGUACAGCAGCAACUACCUCUUCUACCACGUCAAGACCUACCUCGCCUCGCGCAUGGAGGCCGUCGGCGCCACCAACGCCCUUCAGCACCUGCGCCUAAGCAUCGGCACCAUGGACGACGAGGACACGGACAAGCUCAUCGUGAGCAUGGAGGAGGGUGAGGAGAUGGUCGAUGUGUACGAGGGCGCAGAGUUCCGAUGGUGCCUCUACUCCCACGACGUCCUCGACGACUCCAUCAUCAGCAGGAGUCUCGGCCGCCGUGGAGGCAAGCUCUACUACCACGUCACCUUCCACAAGAAGCACAAGGAGAAGGCCCUCUCAGGAUACAUCGACUACAUCAUCAAAACCGCCAAGGACAUAAGGAACAAGGAGAGGCCUCUCACCAUGUACACUAACGACGACUCCGAUUGGACUCCGGAGGACUUCUGCCACCCCUCCAACUUCGCCACGCUCGCCAUGAACCACGCGCUCAAGAAGUCGGUUAUCGACGACCUAGAAAAGUUCAUCACGAGAAAGGCAUUCUAUAAGAGGAUCGGAAAGGCAUGGAAGAGGGGCUACCUCUUCUAUGGUCCACCAGGGACCGGCAAGUCUAGCCUCAUCGCCGCCAUGGCCAACUACCUCAGGUUUGAUCUAUACUAUCUUGAGCUCACCGGGGUCGAGAACAAUUCGCAGCUCAGGAAGCUUCUUCUUGGGAUGACGAACAAAUCCAUUCUUGUCAUUGAGGACAUCGACUGUACCAUUGAACUCAAACAACGAGAUGACAACAAGAAGAAACCUCCCAAGUCGUCCGAUCCUAGCAAAGAUGAGAAGGUGACAUUGUCCGGGCUUCUCAAUUUCGUCGACGGCCUAUGGUCCACAACCGGGGAGGAGAGGAUCAUUGUAUUCACGACCAAUUACAAGGAGCGUCUCGACCCUGCGCUUCUACGGCCUGGCAGGAUGGACAUGCACGUCCACAUGGGAUACUGUACCCCUGAGGCUUUCAGGAUUUUGGUCGACAACUACCUCUCCAAGAAAGAAGUGCCCAUCGACAAUCAUCGCACGUAUCCAGAGAUUGACGAGCUGUUGGCGGAGGUGGCAGUCACGCCUGCAGAAAUGGCCGAGGCCUUGUUGAGGAGCAAAGAGGACCUCGAUGUGGCCGAGACCGCGUUGACGAGCAAAGAGGACCACGAUGACGAUAAACGCAUCGAUGUCGCUCUCGGUAAGAUUGUCGAGUUCCUCAAGUCAAAGAAAGAGUGUGCCAAUAAGAAGAAGGAAGCUCAAGAUGCUAAAAAGGAAAAAGAUGUUUCCAAGGAGGCGGAUGACGAUGCUAAGAAGGAAAAUGAUGUUGCCAAGAAGGAGGAGGAUGACAAUGAUUCUGAUGAUGAUGAUGAUGAUGAUGAAACCGACAAUAAAGAUGAAUAA